AUGUACAAUGUCAUGUGCCACCGCGCAGUGUAUCGUAGCCAGGUACAAUUGGUCGACCUCACUAUUCAGAACUUCGGCGACGACGAACUCAUUGAGUAUAUUGCUAAUCGGUCACAAAAUCUCAAACGCCUUAAACUUGGAUCUUUUUAUGUGAUCUCAGUAGAUGCUGUGAUUAAAGCGGUAGCAAAACUUCAACAGUUGGAAGAAUUGCACCUUACUGGUAAGCCAUGGAUUGUUCCUGCCCACAUUGAAGCUAUAGGAACUUCUUGCCCAAAGUUGAUAUCAUUCUCAUACAAUGGACAUGGAACAGAGCAUCCUUUUCCACUAGAAUUGGAAGAUGAUGAUGAUGAUUAUGAUGAUGAAUUUAGUAAAGGAUUCGGUCGGAAUGAUUAUGCUCUCGCAAUCGUCAAAAGCAUGCCUAAUCUUCAGCAUCUUCAACUUUGUGCACAUUGUAUGCAAAAUGAAGGACUUGAAGCCAUCCUUAACGGCUUUCCACGCCUCGAAUCACUUGACAUCAGGCGAUGCUUUGGUCUCGAGCUUGGAGGGGAUUUGGGGGAAAGAUGCCGUCAGCAGAUAAAAGAUCUUAGACUCCCGAAUGACUCCGUCAGUACUAUGUCGUGGCUUGAAUGGGAUGGCAGAGACUCGUUUGGUAACAGCAUAGAUUUUAGCGAUUAUGACUAUGACGUUUAUGAAGAUUAUGAGUGUUACGAUGACUACUUCUCGCCUCUUGGUUAUGCUUUCUUCAAUGACGACGGGCUUGGGUUUUUCGACUACGACCAUUUCUGA